UUCUAGCCUGAACACAAUGGGCUGAAUCUCCGGUUCAGCUUUGAGGCCCAAACACAUAAGGAAUUCAAAUUCCAACCUCCUUUUUACUCUUAACUUCCCCCCGAUCUCUUCAAUUCUUUCUCAACCAGAAAAACACACAACUUCAAAAGUUUGAAGGGAUAUUUUCCAGUUUUGAAAAAUGGUGAAACCGGCGGUUUAUUUUCUUCCUCUCCUUCUGAUGAUGACGGCAGUGGAAUCAAGUGACGACAUGAACAACGCGUACACGCCGUGUUCGGACACCACAGUGCAGUUAUCGGAUGGGUUCACGUUCGGGAUCGCGUUCGGAUCAAGGCAAUCUUUUUUCUUCGACAGUUCGUUUCAGUUGUCUCCUUGCGACCGCCGCCUCUCUCUCUCCAACUCCAAUUCUCCUGUCGCUCUCUUUAGACCUAAAGUUGACGAGAUAUCUCUCCUCACCAUCAACGUCUCUUCCUUCUCUCCGGACUCCGUUGGUGGGUAUAUGGUUGCAUUUUCUGGUCGAAAAUACGCUGCAAGGUCCCUGCCCGCUUUUGUCGCAAACAGUUCAUACACUGUAACAAGCUUCACUCUUGUGCUUGAGUUUAAGAAAGGAAGGUUGCAAAACUUGUUUUGGAAAAGGGAUGGAUGUGCUCAAUGCUCAGGAAAUUCAAAUUUUGUGUGUUUAAACAAGCAAAACUGUGCAAUCAACACGAGCAGCUGCAAAAACCAUGGAGGGUCUGUCGAUUGCAGUCUCGGGAUACAGCUAGCAUUUUCCGGGACCGAUAAGCACCUUUCUGCUCUCAACUCGUGGUAUGAAGCGGAGAAUCUUCGGCAGUACUCACUGUUUGGUCUUUAUUCUAACCUCAGAGAUUCUCUCACCAGCCAGUAUAAUAAGAUAUUUUAAUGGUGCUUCUACUGGUUGGCUUUUAUUAUUGGUAAGUUUUAAAUCUUUUUCCUUCUGCUUUUCUAUUGAUGUUAUGUCUACAUCUGUCUUUGCCUCUACUCCUUGGGAUGAAACUGGUGCUCUUACUGUACUAUGACAUUUAUGUUUGUAAAUCGGGUAGAAUAGCUUUUUGUGAUUACAAAUAGAGAUCUGAUUCAUAUGAAUACUUCAUUCUUCACUCUAUUUAGUUUUUUAAACUUUGAAUGUUUUUUGUAAUAUUUUCGUGUUUGAUUGGAGUUCAAUACCAUGUUAUUAGCUCAUUUUGCACCGUAUAGCUUUUAUUAAAAUGCUAUUUCCACAA